AUGGCCGAUAUCCUACUAGCUGCGCGCGGUAGCCACCCUCCGCCUACCGUUGGCGUGAAAUGGGUAGAUAAUCUUAUUAAUCGUCGCCCUGACCUUCGCAUACGCGCAUUAAUUCGAUACGACUACCAACGCGCGUUGAAUGAAGAUCCUAAGCUUCUGCGAGAGUGGUUUCUUACUGUUCAACGCGUUAUCGAUGAGAACGGUAUACAACCGGAGGAUAUCUAUAACUGUGAUGAGACUGGCUUUGCAAUGGGUCUUAUAUCUAAGCAAAAGGUAGUGACCCGGGCAGAAAUGUAUGGUAAUAGCCGUCGCCUUCUUCAACCAGGAAAUCGCGAAUGGGUUACUGCGAUCGAGGCAAUUGGCGCUGAUGGCUAUUCGCUUCCGCUAUGCGUGAUUUUUAAAGCUAAGGUUGCCAUCGCUGGUUAG